UGAAACGUCAGCAGCGCGCAAGCCCCUUACGGAGAGCUUGAGGAUCUUGCUUUUUAGAUUUAUGCGGUUUUUUGCCUGCUUCUUGCUGCACUUACUAGAAACUAUGUAAAUAUGAAUGCUUUUUAAAGUAGUUGUACGACUUAGUACUAGACUGCACGCUGGUAGAAGCACGUGAAGACUUUAGACUAAGGUAAGUUGUUUCCUAGCUUGAAUUCUCAACAUAAGAUCUGGGACAGAGGAUCUGCUAUUCUAAUAAGGUCUUUUGCAGACCAUGGCGACUGAGUGAAAUGGCGACGAGCGAUCUAGAAAGGACGCAAGAAAAGUGCGAUCUAGAGACAGGCUUUUUUUUGCCGCAGAGUGGCUUGUUGCCAGCGAGAGACACAUGAGAGAUAUUUUUUUCCGCACUGCUACAAGGUGGAUGGCAAGCGAUGGAGUUGAUUGGACGCUAAGCACGAUAGAUUUUUUUUCUUGGUGUUACAAGCAAGAUCAGAUCUGAUUUUUUCUGUACUAUAAUUCAAAUUCUUGACUAUCAUCUCUAUAAGGUGAAAACCAGGGCACGACU